AUGACUUCUCCAUUACGACCGCCGCCAACACCAGGCCCCGACAAUCAGCCUAAAUUUAUAUAUAGCCCUGGAAAUGAUUUAUACGAAGCUCCUGCACAUCAGCCUUUAAUACCGCAACGCACCACUUCUUUGAAGCCGCGAACGCGUCACUCUGAAGUGCAGGCUGCCUCAAGUGAAGCUGUGACUCCAAAAGCAGCUGCAGACAAAAAACCUCGUACCCUUGUCCCGGCACCGCCACGAGUCCCUAAACCUCCUGUGCUGCGUGAUAAACCACAUCAUCAAGAGGAGCAGCAGCCUCCCAAACCACUGCCACGGCGAAAGCUCCCUCCGUCAGCAGAAGGCGAGCACAUAUAUGUAAACGCUCCGUCCCAUGAUCCACAAUUACAAUCCCGAAUGCCCACAUUUCCGAGACCAUCGGAGACUCAUGCGUUUCAGAAAUUACCAACCAACCCUGACUACAACACCUAUGAAAGCGUUUAUAAAUUGGAUUCAACCUUCGACUCAGUUGAUCAUUUCCUGGACGCAACCGUCGAUACUUCUUCAGCUAGUCAAUUUGAGCAGCCUAUGUCAGAAGUGUCAAAAAGUUCAGCUGCAUCAGUUGAAACACACAAAGGUACACACGGAGUAUACCAAAUACAAAUAGAUCCAAGUGUCGGUUCUGAAUCGACUGUAACCUUCGACCCGUACGUCGGCUCCAAUCAUGUGUACUCCUUGAAUGAAUACAACAUUGAUACAAUCGCCUUUAGUGAUAAUCCUGCUAUGGUGUUCUUUUACGAUCCAACGGAUCCUAAUACCGUUGUAACCAGGGAUCAAUUCAAGAAGGCGGCUGAUUCAAAGACAACCUACAACCACAACUAUGGAGCAGUGAACUGCUUGGAAGAUCCGGAAUUCUGUGAUAAAUGGCAGAUCAACCAAAUCCCCAUGAUCAAAGUGUUUAACGAGGGCAGGGUUGUCAGCACCGUUCGGGAGAUGAAGACCUUCGACAGCAAGGCCAUGACAAAGUUUUUGGACACCUUGGUGACCAUCAAUCAGUCUACCGCCAGUAAAUCAAAUGAGCGCUCUACAACGUCUACCAAAUCAAAAUGCUCUAUAGCUAAGAUGUUUGGCUUUAAGAAGUGA